UGCAAGGCAGCGUCAACUAAACGUCACUGGAAGAAGGGCGGCCGCGCGCUCCCGUUCUCCUCCUCCCGCGUGCGUACUAUCAAGCGCGCGCCCCCGUGGCAGUCGGCGCUGGAUCCGUCCGCUCGUUCUCACGGAGUCAUGCGGUCCGUACGAUUACCCUCCUUUUAACACAACCCCGCGCGGAUUUAACUUCUCUGACCCGUCGGGAUUUUCUGCGUCUCAGCCCCACGCGUGGCCGUUUCUGCUCCCCCCACAGACAUGCAGCAUGUUUUCGCCGUUAUUUCUCUCAUUGGCGUCUUUGUUUGAUUGGGACUGAGCGGUGCGCUCAGGCUCGUUCUGCCGAACUUUUCCUCCUUUUCUGGGGCAGUGAUGUCUUCGGCUCGGGUGGAUUACAUCGCGCCCUGGUGGACUUAUUGGCUCCACAAUUUCCCUCACAUCAACUUGAGGUUCCAGCCCACGGACAGCAGCUUCCAGCCCGAGGAGGAGAACUACCAGCAGUCCCUGAUCUUCCUGGUCUGCGUGGCUGCGGCAGGUCUGGGCAUCAACCUGUUGGGUUUGGCCGUAUACCUGAGCUGCCUCUGCUGCUGUCGCAAAGAUGAAGAGGAGGAGACCAAGAAGACAAACUCCUGCUGUGUCACGUGGACUGCAGUGGCAGCCGGACUCGUCACCUGCAUUGCGGUGGGCGUCGGCUUCUAUGGCAACAGUGAGACGAACGAUGGCAUCUACCAGGUGACCUACUCUUUGUACAACGCUAACCACUCGCUCGGUGGCGUGGAGAGCUUGGUGAGCGGUACAAUGGGCAGCAUGAGGACUGGGCUGCACCAGCACUUAGCUCGACUAGACGAGAUCCUGGCCACUCGUGGUGACUACAUACAGACGCUGCAGUUCAUGCAGCAGAUGGCCGACAACGUCAUCAAGCAGCUAAUUGGUUUGCCGGACUGGGAAGAGGCCCAGAUGGACCUGGCUGCCAUUGCUGACCAGACCGCCAACAUCGAAUACUACAGGUGGCUGAGUUACCUGCUCUUGCUGAUCCUGGAUCUGAUCAUCUGUCUGCUGGCGUGUCUGGGUCUGGCCAAGCAGUCGCGCUGGCUGCUCACUACGAUGAUGGUCUUUGGAGUUUUGACGUUGAUUCUUAGUUGGGCAUCCCUGGGAGUUGAUCUUGCCGCUGCUGUGGGCACCAGUGAUUUCUGUAUCGCACCCGACAAGUUCAUCAUGAGCAAAACAAGGGGACUCAUCGGUCCUGAUAUCGUUCACUAUUACCUUUACUGCAACCAAACACUGUCCAAUCCCUAUCAGCAGUCCCUGACCAUUUUCCAGCGCUCGCUGACCACCAUGCAGAUCCAGAUCCAGGGCCUGCUCCAGUUUGCCGUCCCGCUCUUCCCCACAGCUGAGCGGGAUCUUCUGGGCAUCCAGGACCUGCUGAACUCGUCUGAGUCCAGUCUGCACCAGUUGACUGCUCUGUUGGACUGCAGGGGGCUCAACAAGGAAUACCUGGAUGCCAUGGUGGGUGUGUGCUAUGAUGGAGUGGAGGGCGCCCUCUACCUGUGCCUCUUCUCCUUGUUAGCAGCUUGUGCCUUCACCCUGAUGCUGUGUGUAGUUCCCCGGGCCUGGAGACAGAUCGCUUGCAGAGAUCAGGACUACGACGAUAUAGACGAGGAGGACCCCUUCAACCCGCGUGCCCGCAGAACCACCUCCCAGAACCAGAACCACACCACCAUGCACAGUUUCUGCAGCUACAGCAGCAGCAUGGGCAGCCAGAGCAGUCUGCAGCCCCCCGCCCCCACAGUUUCUCACCCAACUAUACCUGACUACAUGAACCAGACUGCGCUGUUUGGCGGAAACCCUCGCUACGAGAACGUUCCUCUGAUAGGACGAGGCUCUCCACCACCAUCGAUUUACUCUCAGCAGUAUAUGAACAGAUACUCCCCUACGAUGAGGGCCACCUACCUGUCCAUGACCGAGGAGCAGAGAAGACACUUUGGCAACGAUUUCCAAGCAUGAGCUUAAUGAAUCGGCACAAGUGUGAUGCCACUGUGAGCUACAAGACUGGAACCUGCUGUUCUGUUGGACUCUUCAUGGGGGCUCACAUAGAGCAAUUUCAGGAAUUUUCAGGCUUCGAUAGAGGACGACAGAAGUGGAAACUGAAAAUGAUGCACAAAUACAAUGAAGCACCACCAGUCAAAAUGGACACUGAAAGUAUUGGUACUUUUACCAAUCGCUCUCCUCUUCCCCCAUAGUCAUGUGAUAUAUAUUGCUACACAUCACUUCUUCAUGAACCCCUUGAGCGACACACACCCCAUCAUGGCCAGAUUUUUUUUUUUAUUGUGAACCAUCUGAACCAGCUUGUAGCACGACUGCACAAAUUAUUUUCCAACAUCCAGCCUUUCACUCACAUUGCUUUUAAAUCUAGUAAACAAUGGCAAAUCUCAGAUUGACCAAUUUUAACAGUUUGUGACUAUGACUGCUAGUAAAAUCCAGGUAGAGCAAGACAUUUCAAAGACUCUUAGUGACAGAUUGUCCCCAAACUGCGACUGAAUGAACGCAAAUCCAACUGUAGGAGCACUUGCUUGAGAGAAGCAACAUUGGACAAGGAGAAUGCAUAUUAUACUCAAUAAAAACAGGUCUUAAUGAGUGAAAAGUUAGCUACAUCCAGUUGUUGUAAUGUGGUCAGUGUCUCUUCGGUCAGUGAAUCUCACAGUUCAGGACAUUUGUCCCUGAAAAUGUUUUCAUCUCCCAAAUCUAUUCAUAUCAAGCCAGACUUUGCGUCAUCAUCAUACAGUGUCAUUCCGUAUAGGCAUUGGUAAGCAACAGCAGGAGGCGCUGUGGAGACAUAAACCACUAACUUGUAAAGAAACUAGACAAACUGCGACGCUACAGAUUGGUGUGUGCAUACGUGUAUGCAAAAACUAUUAAUUUUAUAGGCUUUCAUUUCAAAUGUGCCAUUUGUGGGUUUUUGUUUUUUUACAAAUAAUGUGGCUCUCUUUAUGAAACCACUGGAUUUUUUUGUUUGUUUGUUUUUUACUCUAGGGCCAUAAACUGUGCUGAAUUUACUAAUAUAAGUGUAGUUUGAAAACCUGUGCUCUCACUGAUAAUGACGUGUUCAGGUGAAAUACACGAGCAGUUUUUUUUACUCGUGCUUUAAUACAUGCAGUUUAUUUUUGUCAGCCGUUUUUCUGUUAGCAUGACACACUGUACAGGCACUGGAACUGGUGCUUAACUGUUUGACCGCGAUGUCAUUGAGGGCCUGUUGUGUUGAAUAAACUAAG